AACGUUGUUAUCGUAGAUUGGGCAAUCGGAGCCAGAAUCAGCUGGCGAUCUUAUUUCUGGGCUGUCGGCAACACCGGAAGAGUCGGAACCGUCACUGGGGAUCUCAUCAAGACCAUGAUGGAUAAGAAACAUCAGCACGCAUCCAAAAUUCAUCUCAUUGGGCACAGUUUAGGAGCUCAUGCAGCAGGAUUUACUGGUAAACAUAUGAAGUUAGAAACCAACGAUAAACCAGGACGAAUCACUGGCUUAGACCCGGCUGGAUUUAGAUUUAUCAACAACCCUCCUUCUGGAAGAUUGGCCAAGACUGAUGCUGACUUCGUGGACGUGAUCCACACCAACGAUGGACAUGUGAAAGAAUUGGAUUUCGGAUAUAAAAGUGGUGAAACCCUUGGAACAGUCGAUUUCUAUCCUAACGGAGGCGAAGAACAACCCGGAUGCGAU